CGCGGCCGCGGCUUUUAAAAACAUUUUAGUUUCAUUUUGCUUAAAUAUGGCUUUCGAUGAACAGAUAACAGGGUUUCGCGCAUGGGCCACCAGUCUUGGCUGUCCGCCCAACGCCCUGCCCAGCGAGGAGGCGCUAAAAUCCAUAUUUAAAUCGCGUCAAAAUCAGCUUUUUGUGCAAAUUCAGUCGCGCGUUCAACCGCGCCAGCAUGUGCAAGCGGUGCGCGAGAAUCUACUCAUAGCGCAGGUGCAACAGCACAAGGGCAAGGUGGUGCCCGCCUGUGGGCGCAGCUUUCUGCCGCGCCAGCUGCAAAUCCAUCUGAAAAUGCAGGAUCUGCAGAAGGACAAGGAGAAAUCGGAGCUGCGCCUAGCGGAGAACAAAAAGGAAUAUGAUAGCCUGGCCGCGUCCAUUAAAAUUAAGAAUAUACAGACAAUUAGCGCCACGCACAAAGAGCAAUUGCAUCGGUCCAGAUGCCAUAUACUGCAGCUCAAGCUGGAGUCACUUACUAAAAACUACGAACAGGAGCUGCAAAACAAGGUCCAAAUUCUGGCCACAAUGCCCGUCAAGCUGAGCAAUAAGAAUGCCAGUGAAAAGCUUGCCAGCAAGGCCGUGGAGCAGGCGCUCAAGGAGCUGGAACACUUUUACAACAUCUGCAAUGCCGAGGGCAACAGUAGCCAACAGCUGACCGAGGCCAAGCUGCGGCUGUGGUCACAAAUGCGCGACAUCUUUGCCAACACGCCCAACGUGCUGCUCUUCAAUGCGAUCAUGCGGCUCAAGGAGGAGCAACUGCAGCACGUAAUGCAACUGAACAAGAGCAACCACACCCUGGACGCAACGGGCAGUGUGGCGCUAUCCAAGCCGCCCUUGGAUAACUUUCAUGUGAAGCUGCUCAAAACCAAGGCGGAGCUGCUCGGCCUUGUGGCCAAGCAUUUGUGUGCUCAGAACGAAGUGGCUCAGCUGGAGGAGCGUUUCGCCGCGGCCUAUGGCACAUUUGUGGACGAGCUGCAGAGGAAGGUGAACAACUUCAAUGGCAUCACCAGCAGCGCCGAUGACGGUGACCACGACGACGCCAGCGAGGAAAUCAUCUCCGAUUUUAUACUGCAAUAUAAUAUGCGCAAUUUUAAUCGGGCGCGCAACGAUUAUCUGACCGAGCAGAUCGAGCAGCUGCGCCUGGAGCUGGAAGCGGGCGCCAAACAACUGGAAAAUCACGAGCUGCUGCUGGGCUCCAUCAAGCAGAUGUAUGGCGAAAUCAAUACAUCCGUUAAUCGCAUACAGCACGACAUGCUGCAGCUGUCGCAGAUCAAAGAGAAAAUCCUCUACUCGAAGAAUAUGCUGAGGAACAUGCUGGACGACAUGCAGGUGGCCACACAGCAACAGAACUCCAAGUCGCAUUUGUUUAGCACCAAAUUGAAGGUGGGCAACAUGUCGUUCAUGGGCAUGGAGAGCUUCAGCCUGGCCAACGAUAGCAUGUUCUCCAGCACCAAGCUAGAUAUCGAUUCCAGCCCCUUGGACACCACGCUGCGUCGCAGUUUCGACAAUACAACACUAAUGCCCGGCUGCACUACGUCCACGCCGUUGAUGCCGCCAGCCACCAGCACUGGCACCUCGCUGCCGUGUCAUCUGCUCGAGCUGAACACAUUCGCCGAAAUGCCGCUCGAGAAAUUUAGCUGUGUGCCGCCUGCCUGCGCCUUUUUGCUGUCGGCCAAUCCGCUCAUCGUGGAGUCACAGGAAUUGGCCACCACCAUGCAAUUGGCGCCCGGCCAUUUGCUAACGCCCCAGGGCGCCCUGCAGGAAGUACGUAAACGCAUUUUGUGGGCGUCGGCAAUUGCCGCGCACACGUCUGACAUGAAAUUGAAUUUGGAGACGUUAAUUGUUGAUCCGCACGAUUUGAAGUUGAAGGCGCGUCGCCAGCACGAGGAAAUCGUACAGCUGCUGGAUAACAUUGAGUCUCUGGGCGACAAGACGCAGCAUCAGCUGCACAGGAUCGAGCGCAUCUUUCGCUUCAUAGUGGACAAUCCGCUGCGCCAGUAUGUGCCGCCCAGCAAACGCUUUAACAACGCCAACUUUGCGGUCUACGAAUCGGAAUUCAAUCUAUAUUAUCGCAUAGCCACAGCGGGAGGUUCCAUUAAGUCUUAAGUUAAGAAUCAUAUUAAAAAAAAAACACCCAGUGCACUU